CCAACCGGGGGUGACAGAACACGGCUCUGUGAACAUCACCAUUCAGCAAUGCCUUAUAACGAGCAUUAGUGGCAGUAGGAGAAAUGUGGGGCUGACAGGAGCUAUGGUCAAGCUGCUGCGCUAGGCUAGGGGCGAAGAAGGCGGAAUGAAAACAGGUUGCGGGGCUUUCUCUCAGUGAAGUGGAUUGUUAAAUGUUCCUUUCUCUUCCUUUGACGAACAUGCUUUAUUUUCAGUUGGUGAUCAUGGCGGGGACGGUCAUGCUGGCAUACUACUUCGAGUACACGGACACGUUUAACGUGCACGUCCAAGGGUUCUUCUGCUAUGACAAUGCCUACGCGAAGCCGUACCUCGGACCGGAGGAGUCCAGCGCGAUCCCUCCCGCUCUACUGUAUGCGCUCGUGGCAGGGGUCCCAACACUUGUGAUCAUGAUCUCAGAGACCGUCCUGUUCUUGAUACAAUACUCGUCCAAAGAGCUGGACAGUCAGGAGAAGACCAUGCUGACAGGAGACUGCUGCUACCUCAACCCUCUGGUGCGCAGGACCUUUCGCUUUCUGGGAGUGUACACGUUCGGGCUGUUCACUGUGGACAUCUUUGUAAACGCGGGCCAGGUGGUGACGGGCAACCUGUCCCCCCACUUCCUGACGGUGUGUAAGCCCAACUUCACGGCCCUGGGCUGCCAGCACGCCCUGCGCUACAUCAGCCACCAAGAGGCCUGCACCGGGAACCAGGAGGAUAUCCUGCGUGCACGUAAAACCUUCCCCUCCAAAGAGGCUGCUCUCAGCGUCUACGCAGCUCUCUAUCUCGCGAGUUACAUCACGUGCACGGUGAAAGCCAAAGGGACGCGGCUAGCCAAGCCUGUGCUGUCCCUGGGUCUGAUGUGUCUGGCCUUCCUCACAGGACUCAACAGAGUGGCUGAGUAUCGGAACCACUGGUCUGAUGUCAUCGCUGGCUUCAUCAUAGGAGUGGCCAUUGCUACCUUCCUGGUGGUGUGUGUGGUGCAUAACUUCAAAGGCAAGCUGUUGCUCAGUGAAGACCCCCCGCAGGACAACAUGCCUAAUGCUCCCAUGAUGAACAUGUCCAGAGUGGAGAGCCCACUGGAGAAGUACAUCGCCUCGCAGAAUCACAUCACCUUCGCUGAAGUCACAUGACGUUGAAUCGGCCGUUUUGCAAACCCAUUGGACAUCAACGCUCUUCACCGUCCAAUCAAAAAUGUAAUAGUCGGGGUGCAACGCUAACUCAUUAUGUACGGCUACUGUAUAAGGUCUGUCUGUGUUGUUGUCUUGUCGGUCCCUGUAUCCUAUCCUAUGCCGCAGUCAUGUAAAAACUCCUCAAUAGCUUGAUGGGAAGCUCUUUGCUGUGUUUCUCCAUGUGUUUGCUGCAUUUAUUUAAUCUAUUUUUGGACUUAAUCCCUAAAUGAGGAAAAUUGACCUGAUUCAACUUGAAUUAACUCGACUUGUCAUUAUAAGCAGAAAUGCUGACACGCUGUGACCCAGAUGCCACUUUAUACUGUAGAAGAGAGGACUUCAUCAUGGAAGUGACUGAUCCAUUUUUCCACAAUGUUGGUCGGAUACGUUCUUAUUCAUUCUGCCAUCGCUCCAUGUAAAUUAUAUUUCAUCAUUGGACUCUAUUUUAUGUACAAUAAGCAUUGUUACAUUAUCAGUAUCCUAAAUAAUGGGAAGAUAGGGAGCAUUCUUUUUCUCAAAGGUAGCCUACUGUAUGUUGUGUUGAAUUUGUAGAUGUGUAGAUUCAAAAAUGGCCCUGUUGCCACAUACAGGGACAUAUAUUUCAACCCCAGAUUAUGAUAAAUGUAAACCAAUGAUGUUGGUUAGACUUUGAUUCAUGUUGCUUCAUUUUUAUUCAUGUUGCUUCACUUUUAUUUAUUUUGCUUCAUGUGGCAGUUCCUAAAGCUGAUACGCCAUCACUUGGAGCUCGAAGAGGGGUUGGUUAUCAUCUGUGUGUCAGCGUGUGUGUGUCUCCUCUCUCUCUCUCUCUCUCUCUCUCUCUCUCUCUCUCUCUCUCUAUUCAACUCUCUCUCUGGUGUGGAAGGGAUACAGUGAAAGGAGCACAAUGUCGCUAAUCGUUUAGUAAUUACUUUUAUGUCUAUUGUUGAUACAUAUGAACGCAUGUGACAGGGAACUGUGUCACUGUCUCACAGGCCAAUAUUGAGAUUUGUUGUGUUAUGGUGAAACGUCAUUGUCUUACUAUGAUUCUCUCAGAUAUAAAUGUAUGUAACUGAGGUGCAACAAUACCACAUCUGUCACUGGUGAAAUUUGAAAAGGGUCUUUCGACCUAAGACACCUCAGAGUAUGCAGAAAAAAUACUGCACUUUGGGAUGCAAGCUGCAAUUCGAUCGACCAACCCCUGUCAAUGCGAAAAUAGUUUUAAGAGGAGCAAUAACAUUCAUUUUGUGACGGUUUUGCCCAUGAGUAGAGAAGAGCAGAGCAUAAUAUUGAUGUCCCCAUUAUGUUGCCCCUGAAAUCUAUAUUUUUGUAAUGAUCACUAAAGCACUUAACUAUCAUAAAGGACACAACAACACAGGAACAUGAUAACAGCACCACUUUAAAAUCAAGCUUGACUCAAAAACGCAGGCAAGAUGGCCGCCCAUACCGCUGCUGCUUGGAAAAUAUACAUAAUUAUGUCUAGAACAUUCAGGAUUUGUAAAAUCUGCUAACAUGUGCAUUGCAAGACCUAACGGUUAGUGUUAUUAUAUUCAAAUGAUGGAAAAAGUGAACUGUAUAAAAUGUACACAUACUGUAGGUCAAUAUCCUUCUGUCAGACAUUAUGGCUGUCUAUUUUCUUAUGCUUGUGCACUUUAUGUAUGUGUGUGUUUGUUCACAAAAAGUACAGUACAUGUGUUAAUGGACUAGUAUUACUUUAACAUAGCUAUACCAUGUUAUACAAGUACACAUGACUAUGUUCCGAUUUUUUUGUACUCUGACUUUAAUAUUUCCUCUAUUUAUGUUGUAUUACAACCUCUACUGCAUACUCAUACAUUUGGUUACACUACAUACUCAUACAUUUGGUUACCCUACAUACUCAUACAUUUGGUUACACUACAUACUCAUACAUUUGGUUACACUACAUACUCAUACAUUUGGUUACACUACAUACUCAUACAUUUGGUUACACUACAUACUCAUACAUUUGGUUACACUACAUACUCAUACAUUUGGUUACCCUACAUACUCAUACAUUUGGUUACACUACAUACUCAUACAUUUGGUUACCCUACAUACUCAUACAUUUGGUUACCCUACAUACUCAUACAUUUGGUUACACUACAUACUCAUACAUUUGGUUACACUACAUACUCAUACAUUUGGUUACACUACAUACUCAUACAUUUGGUUACACUACAUACUCAUACAUUUGGUUACCCUACAUACUCAUACAUUUGGUUACCCUACAUACUCAUACAUUUGGUUACCCUACAUACUCAUACAUUUGGUUACACUACAUACUCAUACAUUUGGUUACACUACAUACUCAUACAUUUGGUUACACUACAUACUCAUACAUUUGGUUACCCUACAUACUCAUACAUUUGGUUACACUACAUACUCAUACAUUUGGUUACCCUACAUACUCAUACAUUUGGUUACCCUACAUACUCAUACAUUUGGUUACACUACAUACUCAUACAUUUGGUUACACUACAUACUCAUACAUUUGGUUACACUACAUACUCAUACAUUUGGUUACACUACAUACCUUUUGGUUAAACUACACAUUCAUACCUUUUUGUUAAACUACACAUUCAUACCUUUUGGUUAAACUUUUGGUCCAUAGACAAGACUUUCAUGCAACCUAGCUACUGAUCUUUUUUUUAAAUGACCGUUUUUUCUUCUUGUUCUUCCCUGGUUUGAAGUCAGACUGUUACAUUGUCAUUAUUUAGCAUAGUGAAUCAUUUUGUAUGGAUGUUGUUGAUAUUCUGGUCACCCAGUUGUUUUACCAAACUUCUAUUUCAUUCCUUUGUCUUUUUAUCAUGACCUUUUACACUGUAGACAAAAUUCAAUUUACAGUCUUGGAAUAAAAAAUAAUUA